GUGUAUUUUCAAUUGUAGGGGCAAUUGCAGGGAGAAUAGUUGAGCCCGUGAUCCAAUUGGUGGUGCUCCACGUUGGUUUUGUUUUUCAGUACAAGAAGAAGCAGAAGAAACUGGAAGUUGAAAUCAAAAGCCUUGAACAGCAGAGAAAACAGAUCGAAGAAAAAGUUGAUGAAGCCAUUACUCGUGGUGAAGAAGUUGAUGAACAUGUUUCAAUCUGGCUAGCGGACGUGGAAGAAAUAGUUCAAAAAAUUAAGGAUGACGAUACAAUGAACGAAAACAUGCAGUGCUUUAAAUUCUCAUGUCCGGAUUACAUCUCGCGCUACCGUAUUAGCAAAGAAGCCCAAAACAAGAUGGAAGAAGUAAAAAAACUCACUCAAAGUGGUGAUUUUAGCACAGUUGCACAUCCUAAGCCAUUUGCUCAAGAACUUCAAUUCACAUCAUCAAGUGCGAACUAUGCAAAUUUUGAGUCGCGAGAAUUGGUUUUCAAUAACAUCAUGGUGGCAUUACAAGAUUCCAAUGUUAAAAUGAUUGGAGUAUAUGGAACAGGAGGCGUUGGUAAGACGACAAUGGUUGAAGAGAUUGGCAAACAAGUGAAAAAUGGACUUUUUGAUGAAGUCGUGGUAGCAAUUGUCUCUCAGGACGCAAAUGUGAGCAACAUUCAAGGGCAACUCGCUGAUCGCUUGAAUCUGGAACUAAAAGGGGAAACUGAAGUGGGAAAAGCAAACCAAUUGUGGAAUAGAUUGAACAAUGGGAAGAAAAAUCUCAUUAUAUUGGAUGAUGUGUGGCAAGAAUUGGACUUGAAGACAAUAGGGAUUCCUAUCACUGAUGGAAACAAUUGUUGCAAAGUUGUGAUAACGUCUCGAAUCCGAGGUGUGUUGGAAAAGAUGCAUGUUAAUAGAUAUGUUCCAAUGCAAGUAUUAUUAGAGAAAGAAGCAUGGGCCCUGUUCAAGACGAAGGUGGGAAAUUCUGUUGACUUUGCUGAACUCCAUGAUAUAGCUGAUGCAAUCUGUAAAGAGUGUGGAGGCUUACCGGUCGCUAUACUUGCAAUUGGAGCCGCAUUGAAAGAUAAGAAAAAAUAUGUUUGGGAAGAUGUACUUGAUCAAUUCAAAGAUUCCAUGCUAAAUAAUAUUGCAGGAAUCGACCCAAAGGUGUAUGCUUCCUUAAAGUUAAGCUAUGAUCGGUUAGAAUCGAGCGAUGCAAAAUCAUGCUUCUUGCUAUGUUGUUUCUUUCCUGAAGAUGCUAAUAUUUCAAUUGAAGUGUUGGCGAGACACUGCAUAGCGAGAAGUUUGCUUGGACAAAACACAAAUACACUAAUAAGAGCAAGCCGUCGAGUACUUACAGCGGUCGACAUCCUCAAAGAUGCUUGUUUGUUGUUAGAAGGCAAAGAUGAAAACUUUGUCAAAAUGCAUGAUGUCAUUCGAGACGUUGCUCUUUCAAUUGCCAAAGAUGAUGGCAAGGAAAUUCUAGUAAAACAUGGUGUCAAAAAGUGGCCCGAGAAAGAUACAUGCGAAUCUUCCUCAGCAAUGUCAUUAAGGUUCGACAACACUCUUGAGCUUCCGGAUAAUUUGCUAUGUCCACAACUCCACACCUUGACCAUACUAUUGAAAAGGAAUAUCAAUCCUUUGCUUAACGUUCCAGAUAGGUUUUUCAGUGGAAUGGAGAAACUUACAAUUUUAGAAUUGAAUAGAAUCUGUAUGUUGCCUCCAUUAUCUCUUGCUAAUUUGGUUAACCUUCGGAUGUUAUGGUUAGAUUAUUGUGAGUUGGGAGACAUAGCUAUACUCAAGGAUCUAAGUAAUAACCUUGAAAUACUUAGCCUUCGAGGUUCUAAUAUCGAGGUUUUGCCAUCAAAGAUAGGACAAUUGACUCGUCUUCGGUUGUUAGAUCUGGGAAAUUGUAAAAAGCUCACAGAGAUUCCACAAGGUGUCAUAUCCAAUUUGUCUCGCCUGGAAGAAUUAUACAUUUUAGAUGAGUUUGGGUAUAGGGAGGAAAGAAGCAAAGUGAAUCUUGAUGAGUUGGGGAAAUUGACGCUAUUAACCACUUUACAUAUUCACAUACCAAAUGUCAUGCUAUUGCCCAAGGACUUGUGCUUUGAAAAUUUGAUCAGAUUUAAAAUAUUUGUGGGUAAGGCUGAUGUUUUUUAUGGAACUUAUUCGAAGUCGUGUAAACUUGCGGGUGUUUCCUUAAUGGACAAGUUAAUCGUUUUGUUGACGAGAGCCGAAGAACUACAUUUGGAAAAAAUUGAAGGUUUACAAGAGGUGCUGCAUGACAGAGGUAGAGAGGGGUCUUUGAUGGAACGUCAUCGACUAAAUCCAUCAGGGUUCUUCAAUAAUUUAUUUGAAUUAACAAUUAUAGAUUGUGGGUUGAAAUAUCUCUUCUCCUUGUCCUGUGCAAGAGGAUUUCCACGACUCCAGAGACUACGAAUAUUUGCUUGUGAGAUGAUGGAAGCAAUAGUUGGAAAUGAAGAAGAAAAAUAUGAAGAUGAACUCUCAAGUCAAGUAAUUAAUUUCAGUCAGUUGAAAUAUCUGCGUCUCGCGAAUCUACCCAAGCUCAUAAGCUUCUACCCCAAAGUGGAGAAGAUGUCAACAUCUGAAGGAAAUUCUUCUACCCAGCCACAAUUUUUGUUUAAUGAAAAGGUUGCUUUCCCCAUCUUGGAGGAAUUGGUAAUUCAGAAAUUGCCUAACAUAACACAGAUAUGGGAGAAGCAAUUACUCAUAGCCUCAGAAAAUGAAUCAAAGUCCUUUUGCCAACUGAAAGUUAUGGUGGUUUCUAAUUGUAAGAAAUUGGUAUAUGUGGUUCAGUUCAAUAUGCUCCCACGACUAGAAAAUCUGAAUAGAUUCAACAUCGAUAAUUCUCCAAAGACGAAAGCGAUAGUCACGGAGAAAGAAAAAGAAAAAGGAACCACUAGUAAUGAUAUCAUCGUGUUUUCUCAAUUAAAAACUCUUAAUCUUUCUAUGUUGGUGAGCCUUAAAAGUUUCUGCAACUGGCCUACAAGAUCUGAAGUACAACCCUUGUUCAACCACCAGGUUGCUUUCCCCAUCUUAGAGGAAUUGGUAAUUCAGAAAUUGCCUAACAUAAUACAGAUAUGGGAGAAACAAUUACUCAUAGCCUCAGAAAAUGAAUCAAAGUCCUUCUGCCAACUGAAAGUUAUGGAGGUUUCUAAUUGUAAGAAAUUGGUACAUGUGGUUCAGUUCAAUAUGCUACCACGACUGCAAAAUCUAAAAAGAUUCAACGUCGAUAAUUCUCCAAAGAUGGAAGCGAUAGUCACGGAGAAAGAAAAAGAAAAAGGAAUCACUAGUAAUGAUAUCAUCGUGUUCUCUCAAUUACAAACUCUUAAUCUUUCUAUGUUGGUGAGCCUUAAAAGUUUCUACAAUUGGCCUACAAGAUCUGAAGCACAACCCUUGUUCAACCACCAGGUUUUUUUUCCAAAGUUGAAGACACUAUUUCUCGAUAAUUGUGUAAACUCAAGAGAGAUACAUCCUUGGAAUGUUCAGGCUGGCAAGAUAAGUUUAAAAUGCUUGGACGUAGCGAAUCUGGACAAAUUAAUUGUGAGAAAUUGUAGUGAGGUGGCAGAGGUUUUUCAACUUGAAGGGCUAAAUGUUGGAGAAGGACAACAUGUUAGGCCAUUAAUUGAAGUAAGAAUGAUGGAAUUGGAUGGAUUACCUCAAUUGACAUGUUUGUGGAACAAGGAUCCCCAUGGAAUUCUGGGCCUUCAAAGCCUACAAUACCUAACAAUUAAGAAAUGUUCCCUCUUGAGAAAUCUAUUCACAUGUUCCACCGCCAUGGCUCUUCAACAACUUAAAGUACUUUAUUUGGAGUCUUGUCCGGUGAUGGAAGAAGUUAUUGGAGCAACAGAGGAUGGGCACAGGGAAGUUAUUGAUGAUGUGAUUGAAUUCCCAAAGUUGGAGUGGUUAAUACUGAAAGAUCUACCGAACCUCAACAGUUUUUGCAAUGCAAACUAUAAUUUUAAUUUGCCAUCAUUACAGAGAGUUGUUCUAAAGAGGUGUCCGAAGAUGCACAACUUUACUUUUGGACAAGUACGCAUGUUACGGAUACUUGUAAGUACACGUGGCGAUGAAGGCCUUCAGACAAAAGAUCUUAAUAAGUAUUUAGAGGAACAACUUUUGAAAGGAGAGGAAUGUGCAACCGUGGAUGAAAAUGAUUACGAUGGCAAAGAAGAAAAGUUCUCCAACCUUUAUGGGCUACGUGAGUAAAGUAAUUGAUAGAAUCGUUGGCAAGCAGCAAAGCAUUUAAGUUCAGUUAUAUAUUAUCAAGUUCAAGUUGCUGAGAUUGGAGUAUGCUGGAUUACCCUCCUUACAGCCAAUGACAAAACUUAUUGCUUCUUCCAAUUAGUUAAAAAGAAAAAAGAAAAAAGAAAAAAUAAAUUGCUGGAUGAUUUCUAAUUGUGUGUGUGCAUUGUCAUGUACUACUACUUCAUUAGUGUGUUUAUUGGAAAACUAUUCAGCUACCUAUAGCUGUAUAAGUAAUGAUGUAUGUAUAUAUAUAUAUAUAUAUAUGUGAAUAUGUGUAGUAGUAAUAAACCGAAAUGUAUUGUCAUAUUACUCUA